UCCUCUUGUUCAGAAGACAAAGACCAAUCACUGAGAACAGACAGCAUGGCCACCAAGGAUUUUGUAGUAGGGAUGACCUUUUUACUACAGACUGUAAUCGGAGUCCUGGGGAAUUUUUCUCUGCUUUAUCAUUAUCUCUUCCUCCAUUUCACUGGGUGCAGGCUGAGGCCUACAGAUUUGAUGGUCAUAAACCUAAUUGUGGCAAACUCCUUGGUUCUCUUUUCUACUGGAAUCCACUAUACAAUGUCAUCUUUUGGGCGAUAUCACCAUCUUCAUGAUUUUGGAUGCAAAUUUUUCCCCUAUUUACGUGGAGUGGGAAGGGGUGUGUCCAUUGGCACCACCUGCCUCCUGAGCAUCUUCCAGGCCAUCACCAUCAGCCCCAUGAACUCCAGGUGGGCAGAUCUUAAAGUAAAAGCUCCCAAGUACAUUGUUUUUUCAGUUUUCCUGUACUGGGUUCUGCAAAUGCUGGUAAAUGUUAUUGUUCCUAUAUUUAUGUCUAGCAAUUUGAGCAACAAAAACAUCACAGACAGAAAGUUGUUGGGAUUCUGUUCCCAUCUUCAUCCCGAUAAAACCAAAGACUCAUUAUUUGCAGUGUUGUUAACAUCCCCUGAUGUUGUAUGUUUCAUGCUUAUGCUCUGGGCCAGCGGCUCCAUGGUCUUCAUCCUGCACAGACACAGGCAGAGAGUCCGACAUGUUCAUAGGACCCCCGUCUCCUCCCGAUCCUCCCCUGUGUCCAGAGCUACCAAAACCAUCCUUCUCCUGGUGAGCACCUUUGUCUUUUUUAACACACUUUCCUCCAUUGUUCUUAUUGUUAUAUCUAUUUUGAACAAUCCCAGCUUAUUUCUCCCUGACAUCUAUUUAUUAAUCAAUCUGUGUUUCCCAACUGUCAGUCCCUUCCUGCUCAUGAUCCGUGGCUCAAGUGUCUCCAGACUCAGCUUUGCCUGGAUAAGGAAUGUAAAAUGUCCUAAUCUUAUGGGAAAUAUAUAA